AUGACGGCUUCCCACACUCUUCAAAUUGGCCUGUUGGUGGUCACCAGCCUGCUGCUGACAGCCACGCUCGCCAAUCCGGUAUUUGUGGAUAAUCCUAGCCUAGCUCAGUUUCAGUCUGGCCGCAAUAUCCGACAUUUGCCCUGUAUUGUGCGUAAAUCUGGCCGCUCAGGUGUGUGCAUGUUUGCCAUCGACUGCAUCAAACAGAAUGGAACGCAUUUGGGUACUUGCAUAGACCGCUUCUACUUUGGAUCUUGCUGUGCUUUAAAGGACGAGGCAUCGCUAUUUGCGCCAGACAUUAACGACAACAGCAUCGAUCAGAAUACCAUAUCCCAUUUCUCCCACGAGUCCACCACGUUGCCCACUAGUGCGCUUUUCAAGCUCACCACUGAGAGCAGCACCUCAAAGCACCACCAGCAGCAGCACCACCAGCAACAACAGCAGCAGCAGAAUCAUGCCAACGAGCUGCUCAAAAAUGUAACACAAAGUUAUCUGAGCACCUCGAAGCCGAUGAUUAGUGCAUCUACGACAACCAUCCACCGCACUACGCCUGCACAAACCACACAUAAGCCAUCGCACUUUGUGGUGCGCACCACAGUGAAGCCGGUCCUCAAUGCGGCCGUCCUUGGAGCUGCCGGAAAACCUACCACAGCACCAACCACUGUCAAGCCGCCGCGACGACGCACCACCACCAGCCCCAGGCCUGUGCACACCACAGCGCCAGCGAUCGAACAGCGCAUUGAGACCACCACAGCACCGACCAAGUUUGUGACCUUCCAAAUUGUGGAGACAACCACUCCACCAGUGACGGAACCCAGUAGCUCGUUUGAGACCACCACCAGGAGGCACACAAAGCCGACGAGACAACGCGUUCCUAUAACAACAGCGACAUCAAUGAACACGACCGCCGCCAAAAUAACAACAACCACAACCAGAAGGCCAACAACGGCAACAUUAACAACAGUCGCUUCUAGCACAACGCGACCGACACCACCGCUGCGCACCACCACAACAACAAAGCCACAAAAGACGCACUCUAGCAGGCGACCCACGCCUGCAAAGAAACCAGCGCCAAUAACAACAACAACAACAACAGCUCCUAUCAGCACCGCCACAAUGAAUAGCAAGCAGCCACUGCCAACGCAUAGCAGGCCUACGCGUAGGCCCAUAGAAAGCGGCGGAACCUCUUCAAAUGCCACAGCCACAGAAACGGCAACAACGAUAGCUGCACCUGCACGCCGCCCGGCGCCAGCAGUAGCGACAGCUACUAGCGAUGAUACAAGCACCACCUUCACGGAAACGAAGCAACCACAGCGGCCUACCCAUGCGCCACGUCCGCGUCCGCAGCCAACGGCCGAUAUCGUAAAAGUGCCUGCUGUACUGGCCGAUGCAGCAACAACUCCAGCAACAACGAAAGCUACGCGCCGGCCAACAAAAACACCAAGCACCACAACCACCACCACCACGGUGGAGACGAAAAAGCAACCGAGCAGCAGCUCUGGAACAACUACAACGACCAAACCAACGCGUCGCCACACCACAACCGUGUCUUCUACCAAAAAGCCAGGUCUAAUCACCUGGACCGACGUGGAUGCUGAGCCGCACACGAAUGCCACCGUGCCCAGUGCCUGGCAACCCGCCGAUUGGAUACCUCUGCCCACCCUAGUGCCACAUGUGGCGAACAAAACGACAACAACAACAACAACCACAGCAGCCAGCAACAACUCUAUGGCUAAUGCCACAGAUAAGGUGAUUAUCUCGGUGGCUACAAGCGUAAGUACCAGCGAAUCAAAGCCAGGCGCGAGCAAUUCCACAACAACCACCAAGCCGCAUAGAACCACAAAGCCAACGAAAACCACAACAACCACGAAAGCAACAACAACAACAACAGCCGCAGCAUCAGCAGCAGCAGGAGUUGCAUCGACCAGUGGCAGCAUUGAAGAAUUAGAGUCCUCCACGUUAUCAUACCCUGAGAUGAGCACAGAGAGCUACAUCAGCACCGACAGCGGCACUGGCACUGACACUGACACCGACACCGACACCGGCAGCGGUACCGGGUCCAGUACUGUGGAUUAUAGCGGCACUGGAAGCAGCGAGGACUACAAUACAACCGCAGAGGCGGGGUCCACAACCGUAGCGCCCUCCAAUGCACUGGAGGGCGUCGAUUACAGAGAAGUCUGUGGCCGGCGCAUGUUCCCCGAGCCGCGCAUCGUUGGCGGGGCGAAUGCAGCCUUCGGCCGCUGGCCCUGGCAGAUCUCGCUGCGGCAAUGGCGCACCUCCACCUAUCUGCACAAAUGCGGCGCAGCGCUCCUCAACGAGAAUUGGGCAAUAACCGCGGCGCAUUGUGUUGACAAUGUUCCGCCAUCGGAUCUGUUGCUGCGUUUGGGCGAGUACGAUCUGGCAGAGGAGGAGGAGCCCUACGGGUAUCAGGAGCGACGUGUGCAAAUCGUGGCUUCCCAUCCGCAAUUCGACCCACGAACCUUCGAAUACGAUUUAGCGCUGCUGAGGUUCUACGAGCCAGUGGUCUUCCAGCCGAACAUUAUUCCUGUUUGCGUGCCAGAAAACGAUGAAAACUUUAUUGGACAGACGGCCUUUGUCACCGGCUGGGGACGCCUGUACGAGGAUGGGCCACUGCCCAGUGUGCUGCAGGAGGUCGCAGUGCCCGUCAUCAACAACACCAUUUGCGAGUCCAUGUAUCGUGUCGCUGGCUAUAUCGAGCACAUACCACACAUAUUCAUCUGUGCUGGCUGGAAGAAGGGCGGCUACGAUUCGUGCGAAGGUGACUCGGGUGGUCCGAUGGUGCUGCAGCGCGAGAAGGACAAGCGGUUUCAACUCGGCGGCGUUAUUUCGUGGGGCAUUGGCUGCGCAGAGGCCAAUCAGCCGGGCGUGUACACACGUAUCUCCGAAUUUCGAGACUGGAUCAAUCAGAUUUUACAGUUUUAG